GAUUCCUCACCAGUCCUCCCACCUCCCAGCGAAACACCACCGCACCCCACAAUCCCACGGCUCUCCCCGGCGAAGUAGCAGCGGCAUCCAUGGCCCCCAAGGCGGAGAAGAAGCCGGUGGCGGAGAAGGCCGAGAAGACGACGGCAGCCAAGAAGACCAAGGCCGAGAAGCGGCCGCCGGCGUCCAAGGAGGGCGGCGAGAAGAAGGGGAAGAAGAAGUCCAAGAAGAGCGUGGAGACGUACAAGAUCUACAUCUUCAAGGUGCUGAAGCAGGUGCACCCGGACAUCGGCAUCUCCUCCAAGGCCAUGUCCAUCAUGAACUCCUUCAUCAACGACAUUUUCGAGAAGCUCGCCGGCGAGUCGGCCAAGCUUGCGAGGUACAACAAGAAGCCCACCAUCACGUCCCGGGAGAUCCAGACCUCCGUCCGCCUCGUCCUCCCCGGCGAGCUCGCCAAGCAUGCCGUCUCCGAGGGCACCAAGGCUGUCACCAAGUUCACCUCCUCCUAGGCUAGGAUGGUUUUCUGUAAUAUUCAGCUGUUCAGACCAUGUCUUCCUGUAACUUGUGUUGGUUCUGUGGGAACACCCUGUUUCAUUACCUCAUGAAAUAUUAAUGGUGUUUCUUUGGUCA